GAGGUCCCAACGAAAGACAACGAAACACCAUGUUUGCCAGAUUUCUUGCAGAAGAGCAUCUCGAUGAGGAUCAUCACGAUGAGGAGCAUCACGACGACGAUAAGCCUUGGGGCGAUGUCAUUCUUGCUUCAUUCUUUGUGCAGCUUGUCACUCUUUCCGGUAUCGUUUUGAUGGCCUCGAUAGGUCUUUACGGUCGUAUAGGCAAGAGAGAUACUCACACAAUAUGGGCUAUCUUACACAACAGAGUCAUCCCGGCUUUCGGGGCAGGAGCUCUGUUGGCGACAGCCGUUUUCUUGAUGAUUCCGGAGAGCCUGGAAUUGCUGAGUGGCGGACACGAGGACCACGGAGAAGAAUCUACUGCGGAAUUCCUCAAUACCACUGUCGAGGACGAUCACAAGGACCACUCACAUUUCCGACGCUUCCUGGAAGCAGAAGGAGAACUAUCAUCGCAUGGAGCUGGGCCUACGUGGAAAUUUGGUGCUUCUUUAUUGGCUGGGCUUCUUUUACCCAUGCUGCUUUCCUCUGUAUUCCCAGUACCUGAUAUUGAGGAUUGUGAUGUAUGCGAGAAGCUUGAAGAAAAUGAAGCUUCUGCACUAUCUCCUGCGGCGGUGGAGACCUUGUUAGAACAAGACAAGGAAGCUGACAGCACAAAACCCGAUACUGAAGACAAGACCACAAUGGAUGAAGGUUGCGAUGCCGGUGAAUGUGAAUGUGGCCAUCCUAACCAGGUUGGCAAGGCCGAUGACGGAACCGACAAUUCGGAAGUCUCACUGUCAGUGAACAAACUAGACAAGUCUAAAUUGGCUCUGCCACUCCAAGGACACGCAAUCAACCGGGGUCUUGCCAGUAGUAUUCUGCUCGGGGACGCUUUCCACAACUUUUGCGAUGGUCUCUUUAUCGGCAACGCAUUUUUGCUGUGCAGCCGAGAAGUUGCGUAUACCAUCGUCGCCGCCACAGUUUACCAUGAAAUAGGUCAGGAGUUGGCAGACUUUUUCCUUCUUGUCCAUCACUGUGGCUUUGGUCGCGUUCGAGCUUUGUUGCUCAACUUUCUCUCGGGCUUUUCGGUUGUUAUUGGUGGAUUGAUUAUUCUAGCUUCCGACCUAUCAGAUGAAGCGACCGGUUCUAUCUUGGCUAUUUCUGCUGGUGUUUACAUCUAUAUUGCUGCUUCUGAAUGUAUUCCUCGUAUUCAAGCGAAACGCAAGACCAUCAAGGACACUCUCAUCUUUGUCUUGUGCUUUGCGACCGGUGCAGUUCCGAUUGGUUUGGUUCUUCUCAACCACGGUCAUUGCGAGGCUGGCCAUGAUCAUGAAGAAGAGGAUCACUAGAAGUGACAACUCAUGGUGUCAACCAUUUAUUAGUGCCUUGACUUUCUUCCCAAACUAGUGCUGUAGUUGCUCCUACGUAUUGAUAAGAUGUAGAGAUUCCUGUUACUUCAC